CGAGAUUCCAAGCAACGAGACGCCAUGAAUGCUUGUGUCGUCAUCUCAGCUUCACUCGUUCUUCUUCUAUCUCUGCUACUCUCACUUCAUAUUCGCAACGAUCACAAUGAAUGGAGAUGGAGGAACCGGUUAUGGUGGUUGCCAUCAACAUUUUCUUCCACUUCAGGAAUUGCUGCUGAUUUGUUGGUGACCAAUGGGACGAUAUACACUAGCGAUUCAUCUCUUCUUUUUGCUGAUUCCAUGGCUAUUCGUGACGGGAGAAUUAUCCGCAUUGGCAAUUAUUCGUUUGUUCAGGAAGUGUCUGGGUAUGGAACGAAAGAGUUAAAUCUUGAGGGAGCAGUAGUGGUUCCUGGAUUUAUUGAUUCUCAUGUCCACUUGCUUUUUGGAGGACUCCAGAUGGCACGGGUGGAGGUUCGAGGCGUGAACACAAAAGAUGACUUCAUUGGAAAGGUUAAAGAAGCAGUGAGAAACAUGAAAGAAGGUUCUUGGUUAUUGGGUGGUGGCUGGAAUAAUGAUCUUUGGGGAGGAGAAUUGCCGUCAGCCUCUUGGAUUGAUGACAUUACAGCUCAUCAUCCUGUAUGGCUUUCAAGGAUGGAUGGUCACAUGGGCUUGGCCAACUCUCUGGCUCUAAGAAUAGCUGGGGUUAACAGUAGUAUGCAAGAUCCAGUUGGUGGGACUAUUAGCAGGAAUGCAGAUGGAGAACCUACAGGCCUGAUGAUUGAUUCUGCAAUGAAGGUUAUUCUUUCUUGCAUUCCGGAGGUCUCAGUCGAAGAAAGAAGGCAAGCAUUGGAACGAGCUAGUAGGUAUGCCUUGAUGAGGGGUGUCACAACCAUUGUUGAUUUUGGAAGAUAUUUUCCUGGAGCUCCAUUAAAACAUUCAUGGGAAGAUUUUACAGAUGUUUACAAAUGGGCUGAUUUAUCUGGAAGAAUGAUGAUCAGGGUUUGCCUUUUCUUUCCAAUGCCGACAUGGUCACAUCUGCUUGAUGUAGUACAAACAACAGGCCGUAGGCUGAGCCAGUGGAUAUUCUUAGGUGGUGUUAAAGCUUUUGCUGACGGGUCCUUGGGGUCUAACAGUGCACUUUUUCAUGAGCCAUAUGCUGAUGAGCCUUGGAAUGUUGGCCUCCAAGUUACAGACACCGAAAGUCUAUCUAAUAUGACUGUCCAAUCUGACAAAUUUGGCCUCCAGGUUGCUAUUCAUGCUAUUGGAGACAAGGCCAAUGACUUGGUCUUGGAUAUGUACAAAUCAGUUGUUUCAACAAAUGGGAAGAGGGAUCGGAGAUUUCGGAUUGAACAUGCUCAACAUUUGACUCAUGGAAGUGUAGCCAAAUUUAGCGAACAGGGGAUUAUUGCUUCAGUGCAGCCAGAUCAUUUGCUGGACGAUGCCGACUCUGCAGUUAAAAAAAUUGGGUUAGAGAGGGCGCAGAAAGGAUCUUAUUUAUUCCAGUCACUCCUUGCUAGCAAUACACCUGUUGCAUUUGGUUCUGAUUGGCCUGUAGCAGAUAUUAAUCCUCUGCAUAGCAUAAAGACAGCAAUAAAAAGGAUACCUCCUGGUUGGGAUAAAGCUUGGAAUUCAGGAGAGUGCAUGAAGCUGACUGAUGCCUUAAACGCGCACACUAUUUCAGCGGCUUGUGCAUGCUUUCUUGACGAUGAUAUAGGCUCGUUAUCCGUGGGCAAAAUGGGCGAUUUUGUCAUUUUGACUGCUCAUACAUGGGACGACUUCAUAACACAAGGAACCUCUUCGGUUGCAGCCACGUACGUUGGUGGCUUGCAGGCUUAUCCUUGAGAUCAAUUUUACCAUCCGAGAAGAAAUGCCGUUUUAAGUACACGACUGCAAAAGGAGAUUUCUAUGCAUAUCUGGUGAUGGUCUUUGGAACACGCUGGAGAGCGACCGAUGCAGCCAUAACUACUGAGGAACUGCUGAUGGUAAGUGAAAUGAGAAAAUGUGAUAUUUUCUUAUAUACAUAUCUAUGUGAAGAUCAGUUAUGAUGAACCUAGUUUUGGUAGAUAAUGUUGAUAAGUACAAGAACUUGUAUUUGGAAUUUUUGGGCUAUGUAUUUUUGUACGAUAAUUUUUUGUACUUUGGGACCUAAGGUGGUAUAAUACAUGUAUAUUUUUUUUUGUGAAU